UUACGUUACAUGCAGCACGGUCUUGCUUGCUUGCUUUGCGUUGCGUUGCGUGAAACGACAUUGGCGACAUUGUGAUUGAUUUGUGCUGUAAACGAAUUUUGAAAUGGAAAAAUGAUAUAAACGUUUAUACGAUCACGUCAAUGAAUAACAGUGGGUGCUAACAAAAUUUGCGUAUUGGCUGUAAAACUUUGAAUAUGAUAACAAAAAUGCAACCUCAAGCAAAUGUUGCCGUACCACAAUCUGUUACAACGCAGCCUCAACAAAUAGUUGGCGUGCCUGCUAAUGCAGUGAUCCUGAAAAUGUCUGAUAUUCAGCAAAUAUCUACUGUUGGUCUAUUGGAGCUUGCACACCGGGAGUACCAAGCUGGCGACUAUGAGAGUGCCGAACAGCAUUGCAUGCAACUGUGGCGUCAGGACGGCACCAACACUGGUGUGCUGCUGCUGUUAUCUUCCAUCCAUUUCCAAUGUCGCCGACUGGACCGGUCGGCACACUUCUCUACUUUGGCAAUCAAGCAAAACCCACUGUUGGCAGAAGCUUACAGCAACCUGGGCAAUGUCUACAAAGAGCGCGGCCAGUUGCAAGAGGCUCUUGAGAACUACAGACAUGCGGUCAGACUGAAGCCAGACUUCAUUGAUGGCUACAUCAACCUUGCUGCGGCGUUGGUUGCCGCCGGCGACAUGGAGCAAGCUGUUCAGGCAUAUGUCACAGCUCUUCAGUAUAACCCUGAUCUUUAUUGCGUUAGAAGCGACUUGGGCAAUUUGCUCAAGGCUCUGGGACGUUUAGACGAGGCAAAGGCAUGUUACUUGAAGGCAAUUGAAACGAGGCCAGACUUUGCAGUCGCAUGGAGUAACUUGGGAUGCGUAUUUAACGCACAAAGUGAAAUAUGGUUGGCCAUUCAUCACUUUGAGAAGGCCGUGGCCUUGGAUCCGAAUUUCUUGGAUGCAUACAUCAAUCUUGGAAACGUUCUCAAGGAAGCAAGGAUUUUUGACAGGGCUGUAGCAGCUUACCUUCGUGCUUUGAAUUUGUCUCCAAAUAACGCGGUCGUACACGGAAAUUUGGCAUGCGUGUAUUACGAACAAGGAUUGAUUGACUUGGCCAUUGACACGUAUAGGCGGGCUAUAGAAUUGCAGCCCAACUUCCCUGACGCGUACUGCAAUUUGGCUAAUGCGUUGAAAGAGAAAGGUCAAGUAGCAGACGCUGAAGAAUGCUAUAAUACAGCGUUGCGCCUUUGUCCGUCUCACGCGGAUUCCCUCAAUAAUUUAGCGAACAUCAAGCGCGAACAGGGCUUUAUAGAAGAAGCGACACGACUGUAUCUGAAGGCCUUGGAAGUAUUCCCCGAGUUCGCGGCAGCUCAUAGCAAUUUAGCCUCUGUAUUACAGCAACAAGGAAAGCUCAAUGAAGCCCUCAUGCACUACAAAGAAGCUAUUCGCAUCCAGCCGACAUUCGCGGAUGCCUAUAGCAACAUGGGCAACACACUCAAAGAAAUGCAAGAUGUAGCCGGGGCGUUACAGUGCUACACCAGAGCUAUUCAGAUCAAUCCAGCGUUCGCCGAUGCUCAUAGCAACCUUGCUAGUAUUCAUAAAGACUCUGGAAAUAUACCAGAGGCUAUCCAGUCUUACAGGACAGCCUUGAAACUGAAACCAGACUUCCCCGACGCUUACUGCAACUUGGCUCAUUGCCUGCAAAUCGUUUGCGACUGGACUGACUAUGAAGCUCGUAUGAAGAAGUUAGUGAGUAUAGUGGCGGAACAACUUGAUAAGAACAGACUGCCGUCAGUCCAUCCCCACCACUCCAUGUUAUAUCCAUUGACUCACGACUUCAGAAAGGCGAUCGCCGCCCGACAUGCCAAUCUCUGCUUGGAGAAGGUGCAAGUCCUUCACAAACCUCCCUACAAGUUCCCGCGUGACUUGCAAGGUCGCCUCCGAAUCGGAUACGUGAGCAGUGAUUUCGGAAAUCAUCCUACUUCUCAUUUGAUGCAGUCAGUACCUGGGCUUCAUGAUCGCAAUAAAGUAGAGAUCUUCUGCUAUGCUCUAAGUCCAGAUGACGGCACGACGUUCCGCUCGAAAAUCGCUCGCGAAGCGGAGCAUUUUAUUGACUUAUCCCAAAUGCCUUGCAACGGUAAGGCCGCAGACAAGAUAUACGGUGAUGGCAUUCAUAUUUUAGUUAACAUGAACGGCUAUACAAAAGGAGCUAGAAAUGAAAUAUUCGCGUUGCGGCCGGCGCCGGUGCAGGUCAUGUGGCUCGGAUACCCUGGAACGAGCGGAGCUAGUUACAUGGAUUACUUGGUGACGGACGCUGUGACGUCACCGUUGGAAUUGGCAAGCCAGUACAGUGAGAAGUUGGCGUAUAUGCCUCAUACGUAUUUCGUGGGAGACCAUAAGCAGAUGUUCCCUCACUUGCAAGAGCGUUUGAUUUUGAGCGAUAAGGUGAAGUCUCAUAAUAACUUGGGCGGUCUUGCUGAUAACGUAGCUGUUAUCAAUGCGACGGAUCUGUCGCCUCUGGUAGAGAACACGGAUAUAAAGGAGAUCAAAGAGGUGGUGAGAGCCGCCCGCCCGGUUGAGAUAUCGCUGAAAGUUGCAGAGUUACCUACCACCACUCCUAUUGAGACUAUGAUUGCUUCGGGACAAGUACAGACAUCAGUAAAUGGGGUGAUCCUCCAAAAUGGCCUGGCGACCACACAGACUAACAACAAAGCGGCGACCGGCGAAGAAGUGCCGCAGUCUAUUGUAAUAACCACCCGCCAGCAAUACGGACUGCCAGACGACGCUGUGGUGUACUGCAAUUUCAACCAACUGUACAAAAUUGACCCGUUGACUCUUCAUAUGUGGGUCUACAUAUUGAAACAUGUGCCCAAUAGCGUCCUAUGGUUGUUGAGGUUCCCUGCCGUUGGAGAGCCCAAUAUUCAGGCUACAGCUCAACAAUUAGGUCUCCCGCCCGGCCGAAUAAUCUUCUCGAACGUGGCGGCGAAAGAGGAACACGUGAGGCGCGGACAACUCGCCGACGUUUGUCUGGACACGCCCUUGUGUAACGGUCAUACCACGAGCAUGGACAUAUUGUGGACUGGAACCCCUGUCGUCACUUUGCCAGGAGAAACCUUAGCUUCACGUGUGGCUGCAUCUCAACUAAACACUCUCGGGUGUCCGGAAUUGAUCGCCAGGACAAGGCAGGAGUACCAGGACAUAGCUGUAAGAUUAGGAACCGAUAGAGAAUACUUAAAAGCAAUCCGCGCCAAGGUGUGGACGGCGCGAACGGAAAGCCCUUUGUUUGACUGCAAGGCGUAUGCGACCGGCCUCGAGAUGUUGUACAACAAGAUGUGGGCGCGGCACGCGCGGGGCGACCGCCCUGACCACAUACAAGCUCUCGACAAAUAGACGAGAGACCGCGGUGGACCCAGCGAUUGGACCACCAGGAAACGACGCUGGUGUUAGUGAAGUGAUCUGAUGGUGUUACAUCUGGGUUAUGUGUUGGUUGUGUGAUAAACCAGUGAAGACCAUUGUGGUGAUCGUUUCUUAAUUUGCUUUGUUACAACGUAAAAUAUUUGACUAAUUGUGAUUUACUGGGACUCCAAAGUUGUAUCAUCAAAUGCCUGAUGAGUGCUUUACAUUCACACAAAUUGCUGAAAUUGUCGCGUCGUUUACAUUGUAUCUCGAUGUGAGAGUAAACAGUAUGUGUUGAUGUGUCAAUUUUUAAUCAAUUUGAACCUGAAUAUUGCUUGUCUUGCAGUUCCUUUAAAGUACUAAAGGAAGUUAUGUAUACUCCAUGCAUAUUGGAUGAUGCUUGAUCAGCAUUAGAAUUAACUGUUGGUAUGAUUCAUGUUCGUUUCAGUGCAUUUGAAGGAUACUCUUUGACGUCCAUUAAAAUAGACUUGAGAGAAACUCAAUAAGAGUAGCUAGUUGUAUCUAUUGCGAUAGUAUAUCAACAAUUGUAAUUUGCUAACUUAAUACCAAUGUAAUAUUACAACUGCCCUCUGAGAUCUUAUUUAACAAAUACAGUUUAAAUAUGUCUCAUAGUGUUACAGUUAGACAGUUUUCUAGUCAGACGCUAACAAAUAUUGAUAUCUGAUGCUAGAAUUGUUAUCUUCUUAUAAUAAUGUUGAUAGGAAGAUUACAUUAUAUAUUUUUGAAGCAAUAAAGUAAGAGAUAUGCUAAUUAGUAUUGGGGCCUUCAUUAGUUCUUACAUAUUUGCAAUAAAUUGCGGCUGCUGCAAAGACAAUUUAUUUCAAAGUUAAAAACUUUUUAUCAUAUAAAAAUUAGCCAGUGGUAAUAAUAGACUGUUGUGUAGAGAAACAUAAUAAAAACAUAGUAAAUAAUAUUCAUGUUAUCGAACAUCUUAUAAGAACAAAAUAAGAAUAAUAAAGCAGGUCUGAAGUUGUCUUUGCCAAAUGUUAUACAUAGAAUCAUUUAAAGAAAUGAAUCUAAAUUGUGUAACUUAUUGUUCUGUCCGUGAAGUCCAGAGCGUAUUUAAGACUGAAAUUGUCUGGAUCACCCCAACUAAUAAAAGUUAGGUUCAUUAAUUAGUUCAAUUUAAGUUAUUUAGUCGCCGACGGCACAAAUUGGAUAAGAAGCAAAUGUGCUCCAAAAAGUGUGGGAGCCGAAUGGAAUUUCUGUAAGUUGUUGGGAAUCCGAAAGAAUAUUUAUGUGAUGGGGUUGGUUUAUUUCAAAAAUUCAUAUGAGUGAGAUAUGUAUCUGUACCCUACAGUAUUUUGUGCCGACGGUGACGCAUUUUUAGUCGUAUAAGAGUGUAUUUUAGAUACUUGUGAUAGUAUGAUAAUUAUGGCUAUGCUGAAUUGGUAUUUAAUUAACAUAUUUUUUAAACUUUACCCAGCGAUUCUCAUUGUAAGCCAUAAGCUUCACGUCCAAUGUUAAACCAUUUUUGUAUAUAAGUAACAAUCAAUUAAUUAUUUUGUACAUAAUCGUGACAAUGAAAUAGGUUGCAAAUGUUUUGCAUGAUAUUUUGGCUUCAGGCUUAACUUGUCAUAAUUAAUUUCAAAUUCUUAAUCUUCAUGCAAUUUCGCUAUGAAACCACUCUACUACUUAAUGUAAUCUUGUAUGCUAAAUUGUAUGAAUUGUGGUAACAACACUCAUACAAUUUGCAUUAUGACGAUUUACGGAAAUAAUAUCAUCCAAAAAAGCUAGGUUAGUAAGGAUAUUGCUAAAAUUCCUACAGUUGAUUACUUGUUUAGUGCUUAAAAUGUAAAUAUUUUGGUAAGUUUAAGUACGAAAUAAGCAAUUAAAAGAAAAAAAAUUGAAAA